ACCGAAACCGAGCUGUAAGGUUGCCUGCCAUGCAAAUGUGCAUGGAGGUUAUUGUUUUGAUAUAUCUGGGAUACAGACGAAAAGCAUAAAUUGGAAAGAAAUAUUUGCUUUUUUUCUGUUUAAUAUCAAGUUAACGGAAGUGAAAUGGUUUUAACAGCAGAUGUACAACUACCCACUGAGGAGGAACUAACUGUACAAGAAGUUAACUUAGGAUCACCAGCUUUACGAGCUGGUGCCUUCCAUUUAGGAAAAUAUUGUGAACAGGCAAAUAAUGAAUUUAUGCUAUGUCGGACUGAAUGGAAAGAUCCCCGGAAAUGCCUGGAAGAAGGAAAAGCUGUAACGAACUGCUCGCUUGAAUUUUUUAGGAAAGUGAAAAAGUCGUGUCAGCAGGAGUUUGAGCAAUACACAAACUGUAUUGAUAAGUCUAGCAGCCUUUUGGAGUACAAGUACUGUCGCAAGACACAGGGAGCAUUUGAUAAAUGUAUGCUGGAUAAUCUGAACCUGGAACGCCCUCCAUUUGGUUACUUCUGUGAAGCAAAAGUAAUAGAUACAAAACGACCAAAACCAGAGGAAGAAAAACCUGCAAUCUAUCCAGAUGCUACUCCAUAUUUACCAGAAGAUUACCCACGGCCACCAGCCAGAUAUGGUUCACGCUUCCACUGGUUCAACUAGAUAACUGCAGAUAUGUUUUGUUCCUUGUGGAGUUGGCAACUUUUGUAGUAGGCCUAUCUCAAAUAAUACUGCUGAGUAGGUCAUAUUUCUGUAUCAAUUUUGAGAUCAGAAUUAAACUAGACAAAUGCUUUAUUUAA